UCAAAUCCUCUCAAGUGGUUCCUCUCUUUUCUUAAGAACACCUCUAAUCUAAUGUAUAUAUAUGUUUAAAUCACUAAAUUAAUAAUUGAACUUUCGCUAUUCUAUGCAAAUAUUAAAUGGUAAUUGAACUUUCGCUAUUCUAUGAGCAGCCGACCAGGACAAUUUGCACCUACCUUUCAUUGUCUGCCAUGUUCCACGGUCAGUACUAGCAAGAUCAAGAAUAGAUAAACCAUACAAUUCAGUAUUCACCAGAGAGAGAAAGAGGAUCUAGCUUAGAAUUGACAGUCUCAGUUAAUCUAGUUUUGAGUGUUUUGACAGUACAGUCUCAAUUUAUCUAUAAAGGCAGAAUCAUACAAAUUAAGUUUGAUACUCAAAACACAAAGCAAUGGAGAGGCAGGUGGCUAUAAUUGGAGCAGGUAUCAGUGGCCUUUUGGCUUGCAAGUACACUUUGUCAAAGGGUUUUCAUCCAAUCGUUUUUGAAGCCAAAAGCAGCAUCGGAGGAGUGUGGACCAAAACCGUAGAGACCACUAAGCUCCAAACUCCAAAACCAGUAUAUCAGUUCUCAGAUUUUCCAUGGCCUUCUACAGUGGAAGAAGACUUUCCUAACCAACACCAAGUCUUUGAUUAUAUUCAAUCCUAUGCUAACCAUUUUGACUUGCUUAGGCACAUCAAAUUUAAUUCCAAAGUUCUGAGCAUCGAGUAUGAAGGCCCAUCUGAGGAAGAGAUGCAAUCUUGGAGUAUGUGGGGUGGUAUUGGUGACCCUUUUGGCUCUAAAGGGAAAUGGAAGGUUAUGGUAGAGGAUGCUCAAAGCUUUUCAACUGAGGUACACUUAGUGGACUUUGUGAUCCUCUGCAUUGGGCGAUUCAGUGACAUUCCAAAUAUUCCUGAAUUCCCUCCAAACCAAGGCCCAGAAGUAUUUCAUGGAAAGGUGAUGCACUCCAUGGAUUACGCUGCAAUGGACGAUAGAAGUGCUGCUGACUUUGUUAAAGGGAAGCAAAUCACUGUUGUGGGAUUCCAAAAAUCUGCCUUGGACAUUGCUAUGGAAUGCUCACUGGCCAAUGGCACUGAACAUGCAUGUACUGUAUUAUACAAGAAGGAACAUUGGAACCUUCCUGAUUACCUUCCAUGGGGCGUGCCUCUUACUUAUUUAUACCUUAAUCGCUUCUCCGAGCUACUGGUUCACAAACCUGGUGAAGGCUUCCUACUAAGUCUCCUUGCAACACUUCUUUCCCCUGUGAGAUGGGCAUUUUCUAAAUUUGUUGAAAGCCAUAUAAAAAAUAAGCUGAGGCUAGCAAAGUUUGGAAUGGUACCAAAACAUAGUUUCCAUACAGAAAUCAAUUCUUGUUUGAUCCCCACGGUACCAGAAAAAUUCUAUGACAAAGUUGAAGAGGGAAGCAUCAAUUUGAAAAAGAGUAAGAGCUUUAGCUUUUGUAAAGAAGGUGUCUUGGUUAACGGUGAGGCACAACCCCUAAAGACAGAUUUGGUCAUAUUGGCUACUGGGUUCCAGGGAGACAAAAAACUCAAAGACAUUUUUGUCUCCCCCACCUUCAAAGACUACAUUGAUGGUUCGCUUGAUGCAAGAGUUCCCCUCUACAGGGAAUGUAUUCACCCUAGAAUUCCACAACUAGCAGUAAUUGGAUAUUCAGAAAGUGUUUCAAAUUUGUACACCUCAGAGAUGAGAUGCAGAUGGCUAGCAGAGCUUCUAGACAGCACAUUCAAAUUGCCUAGCAUCAAAGAGAUGGAAAAAGAUGUGGCAAAAUGGGAUGAGUACAUGAAGAGAUAUUCAGGGCAAUACUACAGGAGAUCAUGCAUUGGUGCUCUUCAUAUAUGGUACAAUGAUCAACUGUGCAAAGACAUGGGGUGGAACCCCAAAAGAAAGAAGGGAUUCUUUGCUGAAUUGUUUGAGCCUUAUGGACCAUUAGAUUAUGUUUCCCAAUAAAAGAGGAUAUUGACAAAGUAAAAGUUGUCGCAUAUGACAACCAGUUGUGACUUAUACGAUUCAUUUUCAGAACCUUUGUGCAUGAAUGAAUGACUACACUUGUCAUUCAUGACCACAUAUGUGUCACCUUUUUAUGUAAGAAUAAUGAACACGGAACUAAUAAAAAAAAAAAGCUACUGCAAUCUUUUCCAAA